AUGAAAAAACAAAUAUCGAUUAUAUUUGCAUGGCAACUUGAUCAAGUAUUAUUGAAUGAAAAUAAUGAUGACUUAGCAUUUAAACAAAAUGAAGAACUUCUAUGUGGAAUAUUAUUACGUAUUCUUCAAACAAUUAAAAAAUCAUCACCAUAUUUUCAUCCAUUUCUAUAUUUUCUUACAGAUAAUGUACAAUUUAAUAAUGAUUCGAAUCUUAAUUUAAUUGCAUCACCAUUUAUUGGUCUUGAACGAACUUUACUAACUGAAUAUGAACGAUAUCGAUUAAAACUUAUUGAUCUUCAAACAUCAUUAAAUAAUAAUAAUUAA